AAAAAUUUCGAAUAAAUAAUCAAAAAAAUUAUUUAAAGCACAUAUUUGAACAAAAUUAAAAGCCAAUGAUAUCUUUCGUCUCGGAGCAUUUGAAGCAGAGCAGAAACUAUCAGUUUAAUAUAAAUCAAAAAUAAAUAAAAGUGAAAUAGAAAACAAAAGUUUUUGUUCAGAUAUCUUGAUUUAAUUUUAUCAAAUCAAUUUUUUUGCAAUUAAAAUCAUAGAAUAUUGAAAGUGAAAAUACAAAUACAAAAUAAUUUGCCAUUCAUUGUGUGCUUUGUGAUUUGAAUUUAUGAUGAGUGCGUUAAAGAAAGCAAGUCGUACUAAAUCUUUAUCACUAAGUCAAGAUGAUUUUAUUUUCCCUCGUGCACCACGAUCAAAAAAACCUUUGGUACCGCCAAAAUCAGAAGAUACACAAAAAAUCUUCAAAUAUAUCGAUGAGAAUGUCAUCGGCAAAGGAGUUUUAUUUCUCGGGCCUUUUGGUAGACGCAAAGUUCGUUUGAAGAUAUCAUAA